CAUUUCUUCCAUUCCGACCGUAGUGUGCUGUGCAGACUUUGACUACUCCCGCCCCCCCUCCUCAGCAUGGAGCAACACGCCCAACAAGCAGAAGAAGUCCAUUCCUCCUUCAAGUAGAGACAUGCUACAGUCUAUACGUAACGAUUUAAGCCACAAAUAAUGACGGAGUCUAAGAACUUUUCAGAGGUUAUUUCUCAGAUAUUACAAGAGGCGCCGACUGCCUGGAAGAAUCUUGGUGACAACCAAAGCAACCUGCUGAAUGUUGCAGAUUACUGCGAAAACAACUACCUGCAGGCAGAUGACCCAAGCAAGGCUGUGGAGGAGGCCAAGGGUUUGGCCACUCAGGCAUUGGCCAGUGUGACCUACCAAAUCAACAGUGUGGCCACAUUACUGCUCAGACUGCUGGACUCUCAGUCCAUGCGUCUUGGCCACAUGGAGUCCUCAGUCAACCUGAUGUCACUGGCUGCAGCCAUCCACUACGAGAAGGUGGCCAGAAGAGAGAUCAGCAUUUUCACCACUUCCAAAAACAAGACUCGCUCCAAACUGGUGACGCCACCUCCAUCAGGCAGGGAGCCGGAGAGAAGCUACUCCAGAGUACCCAUAUCAUACUCCACCUUGGACUUGACCGGACACUGUUUCCAGAUCACGAGGGAGCCCCCAAAGAGAGAACCAGGGACCACCACGGACAGCACACAGAGCGUUGCAGAUGCACCCACAUCCAAUCAAGGCAUUGCUGUACCACUUCCGUCAGUUCCCGACAUCAGCGAUAACCUUCCUGCUCCUCCUCCUCCUCAAGCCACAAUCGACCCCAGUAUGUCUCCUCCUCCUCCACCUCCACCACCACCUUCCACAUCCUGUGUGGACACCAACCUGCCUCCACCACCUCCUCCUCUCGGAGCAGAUGCUGCUCUCCCACCGCCCCCUCCUCCUGUAGCCGGAGCUGGCCAUCUUCCUCCUGCCCCUCCACCUCCUCCUCCUGGAGCAGGAGCUGGCCAUCUUCCUCCUCCUCCACCACCUCCUCCUCCUGGAGCAGGAGCUGGCCAUCUUCCUCCUCCCCCACCUCCUCCUCCUGGAGCAGGAGCUGGCCAUCUUCCUCCUCCACCACCUCCGCCUCCUGUAGCAGGAGCUGACCAUCUUCCUCCUCCCCCACCUCCUCCUCCUGUAACAGGAGCUGACCAUCUUCCUCCUCCCCCACAUCCGCCUCCUGUAGCAGGAGCUGACCAUCUUCCUCCUCCUCCCCCCCCUGGUGCCUCCAACAUUGUGCCACCACCGCCACCUCCUCCUCCUCCGCAUUAACAAUCCCAUUUUGUUAUAAAACCACCUCAAAAGCAACCAUAUUUUCCAAUAUUGUGUAUCUCCCAUAGUAACACAUAGAACAUAUUCAUAAGCUUCAAUGCCAUAUUUUAUAUUGACGUGUGCAUAUCUGUGAAAUAUUACGAGCAAAGCAACUGGGAAAUAAAAGCGAUUGCGUGUGUUCUUGUGGAACAUGGAACCACCAACAUGUUCCAACACCUCCUUCAAUACAUUCCAAAGAAACAAGCCCAAACAGGGACACCUCGUUUUCUUCUCAUCCUUAUUGGGGUUGUUGACUAUGUGCUACAUCUCCUCAAAAUAACUCAAACACAGACAUUAGCGUCCAACCACCGCCACCCUUAUGUUAAAGUGUAGAAAAUGGCUCCAAUUAGCCAUUUUUUUCUCCCCGGUGUCAUGUGACUCAUUAGCGUUACAAAGUCUCAGGUGUGAACGGAGAUCAGGUGUGUUAAAUGUGGCGUUAUCGCCAUCACACUGAGCUUUAACAUGGCAGUAUUGGCCCCCCGGCACUUUUGAAAAAUCUAUUUUAAGGAAGAAAAAAAAAUAUAUUAACAGAAAAAAAGUUGCAAUCUAAUGGGAAGAAGUUUUAAUUUUACAAGAAUAACGUCAUUUUACCACAUUUUUGUAAUAUUAUGAGAAAGAAAAUGCCAUUUUAAUUGCAUAGACUUCAACUAUUAAAGCUAAAGACGUUAUAUAAGAAUAUAUAAAUGCUGACCAAGCAAUGGGUUAUUACAGUUAUUAUACAGCAUUUUUGAGCACUUUAUAUUAUGGAGUCUGACAGCAGCAGGAAUGAAAUACCUGCAACAUCUCUCUUAAGAGUCUUUCUUCAUCAUGGAGGACGGUUUGGCUAGCAUCCUCCUCUUGUCCACCUCCUCCACCUGUUCCAGAGGACAUUCCAGAGGACAUUCCAGGACAGAGUUGGCAUUCUUAAUCAUCUUUUCCAGCCUCUUCCCGUCUGCUGAUGUGAUGCUGCUCCCCCAGCAUAACACACCGUAGAAGAUGGCAGACGCCAUCGCAGUCAUGCAACAAGAGUACAACAGUAGAUGGUGCGUUCAAGGGCCGUCAAACAAAGCGGGACAGAUCGCUGCUCACAUUAAACAUUAAAAAAUUGGGUGAUUUCUUACUAAUAGUUACUGUAAUCAAAUAUGUACUGUGAUAUAAUUAAUUCGUUUUCUACCACUUUUCCUAACGAGGGUUGCGGGGGUGCUGGAGCCUAUCCCAGCUGUCUUCGGGCGAGAGGCGGAGUACACCCUGGACUGGUGGCCAGCCAAUCACAGGGCACAUAUAGACAAACAACCAUUCACACUCACAUUUAAUUAACCUCGCCAAUUAACCUAGCAUGUUUUUGGAAUGUGGGAGGAAACCGGAGUACCCGUAGAAAACAUGCAAACUCCACACAGAGAUAGCCGAGGGUGGAAUUGAACCCUGGUCUCCUAGCUGUGAGGUCUGCGCGCUAUCCGCACGACCACCGUGCAGCCCCUGUGAUAUAAUUAAUAUCUAUGUAUUUUAAUGACUGUUUGCAAUUUUGACUAAAAUGUGUUUUAUGUAUUGUGGCAAAUAUUUAAUAAAAAUAGUUUCUGAAUGUUGCUAACGUAACAAGCUGUACUGUGGAAUACAAAAGCUAGAUCAAGCCAUAUUUGUGUACAAGAAGCAUCGUCAUUUGCCGGAGUUGAACAGUCGCCAUUGAUGGAGCAAUGAAGACUUGUAACAUCCACCCAGGAAAUGUGUAAA